ACUGCCAGGUUGUUAAUGUGGUGUUGUUGCGAUUUUUCUCCUGCAGAUAAUCAUGUGCCGUACUCUGCCUUGGCAGACAACUCAUCAUUCGAUGAAGACAGCAGUGAUGCCCUUUCACCAGAGCAACCAGGAAGCCAGGAGUCACUGGGAUCAUUGCCAUCCCCCACAGAAGCACGAUCUGUUGAUCCACACCAUCCCCUCCUUACUUGUUCUACCCAGUAUCUCAUAUCAUUGCCAACUGGGACAGAAUUGAGCAAGUCCAAGCCAGUGUCUGACCACCAGACAGCAAAAUUGGCAAAUGGUGUGUUAUCCCCAGCUGCCAAACCCAUGCCAACACUUAUUAAACAAAGCCAGCCCAAGACAGUGCGUGACAAGAACCAGAGGAGCAAGAAGCUGAAGGAGCCAAAAUCCCGCGUGAAGAAACUCAAGUACCACCAGUACGUCCCACCAGACCAGAAACUUGACAAAGCCGCCCUGCCCCUGGAUUCGGCCUAUUCCAAACUCCUCCAGCAGCAGCAGCUCUUCCUCCAGCUCCAGAUACUGUGUCAACAACAGCAGCACUACAACUACCAGACUAUCCUUCCUGCACCCCCAAAGCCCAACAGUGACAAACAAGCCAACAGCAGUGCCGCCUCAGUGAGGACUCUGAGUAAUAGCACACCGUCAUCGGGUUCAGGCGGACUCCCUCGGCAGAACAGCUGCACAACCACCAUCAAAGCACCGGGGUCGCUGCCCUCUAACCUUGAUGACCUGAAGGUGGCUGAACUGAAGCAGGAACUGAAGCUGCGGGCCUUGCCCGUGUCAGGAACGAAAACUGACCUCAUUGAACGUCUGAAGAACUAUCAGGAACUGAACAAAGCUGGUGGGACUCCAGCGACCACCACGUCCGCCAUGGGCAAGACUGGCACGGCCCCUUCGAGACCCGUGGAGGGAAUGGCCUUCCCAUCUGCCCGUCUUGGUGGCAGCACGCCAGCAGUGGUUAACAGCGUCACUCCUGGGGAUGUAGCCAUCAGCACAGUGACAACGAAGCUGGGCAGUUCCAGUUCCAGCCCUCCGGUGUCACCUGCCCCCUCUGAUCACUCGUUUCACAGCAUGGAGGAGGGCACUACUCCCGAGGCAGUCUCAGAGUCCCUCCAGUCUUCGCCCAUGCGGCCAAUUAGCACAGAGGAGCCUGUCUCCAUCAACGGCAUGACGGGCAUUGCCAGGCUGGUGCCCAGCAGCAUCCGGGGCCAUGGCCCAGAGUCUGACAAGGACGCUCAAGCCGCGACCAAGGAUCUGAUGUUGCAGGAGAAGGACAAGCAAAUUGAGGAGCUGACCAGAAUGCUCAGGCAGAAGCAGCAGCUGGUGGAAGCACUCCGGCUACAGCUCGACCAGGAGAAGAGAACCCAGCUCCAGCAGCCGUCCCAAAGCGCGACCUUGACUGUGCCGGGCAGCCAGAAAACCAGCCCCACCGCCGUGAAGCAGGAGAGCCUGCCCUCCAGCUGCCUAUUCUCAGGGCAGUCCGUGCCCUCGGCCCCAACGAAAUCUGUCCCGCUCCUCAACCACGCCGAACCCCCAGGGAGCAGUCCAAGCCCUGUUGAUGCUCCGGGGCCGCCGAACCUGGUGCCAGUGAAGGCUGUGGUGGUGAAGCAGGAGGGUCAAGCGGGCACCUGUGAGGAGCAGCAGCCCUCACCCACGUCGACUGUUCUGCUGAGCCCAGUGCAGCCAAAUGGGGUGACCACGGGGGCACCGCGGCCGGUGGCACCGAGCCAAGCUCCGAGUCUGCUGGCAGAUGGAGUGGGGACCCAUAUCCUCCUCACGGUGACGCCACAAAACAACAACAUGCGACAAGUGUCCCCUGCUGUGAGUGCGGCCAAAGAUCCACCAGCAAUACAGGCAGUGCCAUCACCUCCUUCCCAAGGGCAGGCACAGCAACCAUCACCUAACAGCCAGUCGAAGCAGCAUUCAGAGGCAGGAGUGAUGAACCAGGCUGUGAAAAAGCUUAAUAUUCACGCCAAGGUGGAUUUGCCGAAUGAAGUUAGCCUUCCCCCUGCUGUCUCUGGGACUGGAGCAGACGGCAGUGGGGUUGGCGAUGGCGAAGAUGAUGGUUCGGCUCCGAGUCCACAGAGUGAAGCGGUCACAAAUGAAUUGCAGGAGCUCACAUUGCAGUCAAACAAUGGCCUCUCUCCAUUGAACAAAAGAAAAAAUGAGCACUCGGCUCCACCUGGUGCUCCUGAGAUGGGAAGCCAGGCGAGCGAGGUGCGGACUUCUCCACAACUUCGUCAAUGCCACUCUACCUUCAGUCAACAGGAGGAGCGCCUGCUACAGGUCCUGCAGCUGAAGCUUCAGCAACGGCGGACCCGGGAGGAGCUGGCCAGCCAGGGAAUCAUGCCACCUCUGAAGAGUCCUGCUGCAUUUCAUGAGCAGAGGAGAAGCUUGGAGAGGGCACGGACUGAGGACUAUUUGAAAAGAAAGAUCCGCUCACGUCCAGAGAGAGCAGAGUUGGUCAGGAUGCACAUACUUGAAGAAACUUCAGCAGAGCCCUCCCUCCAAGCCACUCAGAUGAAGUUGAAGCGGGCACGGCUAGCUGAUGACCUGAAUGAGAAGAUUGCCCAGCGGCCUGGCCCCAUGGAAUUGGUGGAGAAGAACAUCCUUCCUGUGGACUCUAGUGUAAAAGAGGCCAUCAUAGCCUCGGCAGGUCUCCCAGCACUUGCUCGGCUGUAG